UCUGAACGUCUACCACCACCAUGAAUGACACAGUAACUAUCCGGACCAGGAAGUUCAUGACCAACCGACUGCUUCAGCGGAAACAAAUAGUCAUUGACGUUCUUCACCCUGGGAAAGCAACAGUACCUAAGACAGAUAUUCGAGAAAAAUUAGCCAAAAUGUACAAGACCACACCAGAUGUCAUCUUUGUGUUUGGAUUUAGAACCCAUUUUGGAGGUGGCAAGACUACUGGCUUUGGCAUGAUUUAUGAUUCCUUGGAUUAUGCAAAGAAAAAUGAACCCAAACAUAGACUGGCAAGACAUGGCCUGUAUGAAAAGAAGAAGACCUCAAGAAAACAGCAAAAGAAACGCAAGAACAGAAUGAAGAAAGUCAGGGGGACUGCGAAGGCCAAUGUUGGUGCUGGCAAAAAGCCAAAGGAGUAAAGAUUCUGCAAUGACUUUAUCUGCGGUGAUUAUGCGACUUUUUCGUGAGGAUUAAUAAACUAUAAAACCUU